GCACUUGUCAUUACCUAAGAAGUACACAGUCGUGUCGCCGUUUGACAAAUGCUCUGCUCUCACAGCGGCUCCCUUUCACUAUAUAGUCUGCUGUUCUACUCGGGUUUAACGCUAUUUCUGCUGUCUGCCUGAGUGGUAGGAGGGUGUUUUAGCAGGCGGCUCCUGUCUCGCCGCUGUCUCUGUUCUCCCUGCAGCAUCGGCCGCAGCCAUGUCCGGGUUCAAUCUACUGCAUCUGGUCAGCCAAGGCCAACCUGUAAAACUCAAGGCCUGCGGGCUCCCCUCAGGUCAUCUGGAUGCUGUGUGUGUGUGUGCAGUGUGCUUUGCUUUCUCAAUGCUUUCAUAUGUGUGUGCACACACGUGUGUGAGCGUUCGGCAAGGGGUGUGUGUGUUUGGUUGUGCUUUCACAGGAAAAUACACAGAUAACAAAGAGGAAGGAACCUACCACUGUGCCGUUUGCGGUGCCCCUCUUUUCACGUCUGAUAAGAAGUUUGACUCUGGAUCAGGAUGGCCGUCCUUUUUUGAUUUGAUCAAUAAGGACUCUAUAACACUAACUGAUGACUUUUCGUAUGGGAUGCACAGAGUGGAGACAACCUGCAGUCAGUGUGGUGCUCACCUGGGCCACCUUUUUGAUGAUGGACCUCGACCAACAAACAAACGUUACUGCAUAAACUCCGCUUCUCUCAAUUUCCAGGCGAAAAACAGUGCCUCUGAGGAGGUGGAAGCAUCUGGAGGAGCAGGUCAAUCACCACCUUCUAGUAAGAAUGAAGAACUUUAAUAGGACUUGAAA